AUGAGUGUAAGUGUAAUACCAGCAAUGUGUACGAUGUUUAUUUUAUCAAUAUCUGUGAUGGAAUUAAAAUGUGCCAAUAUUCUGGGUGUGUUUCCUUUAAAACUCAAAAGUCAUUACAUUGUUUAUAAAUCUGUCAUGAUGGAGUUGGCUAGAAGAGGACAUAAUGUAACAGUGAUUAAUCCAUUCCCAACGAACCCAGCUCAGCAGAAUUUUACUGAUAUCGACCUAACAGGAUGCUUCAACUUCCCGGGGCGUUUCGUUGUAAAUGACAAACUAACAUAUCGUAAUCCAUUCCCACAAACCAAUAUAUUGCUUUCAGGUGGCGUUGAAAUAAUUAAACUGAUGUUUGAGUGUGAAAAACUGAAACAAUUCUUAAAAACAAAUUAUUCCUACGAUUUGGUAAUCACCGAAGUACAUCACGGCGAUGUUACCUUAGGAUUCGUGCAUAAAUUUCAAGCAAAGCAUAUUGCAUUCAGUCCAAAUUCCAUUUUUCCUUGGAUAGGUAAUCGUAUGGGUAAUCCGAGUAAUCCUUCCUAUAUACCGUAUCCGCUUACUGAUGAAGAAUUUGAUCGAUUUCAUCCUACAUUUUAUCAACGAUUGUACAAUACUCUUUGUUAUUUAUUUGCUGAAACUUUAUACUUCUAUUAUUCGUAUGGAACUGAAGAUGUCGCCAGAAAAAUAUUUGGAGUGGAUACUCCAAGACUCGAUGAAAUAGCAAAAAACACAAGUCUGAUAUUAAUGUUUUCGCAUUUCAGCUUUAAUGCUCCUCUUCCCUUAGUUCCAGGUAUGAUUGAAAUUGCUGGACUGCAAAUUACCCCAGCGAAACGUUUGCCUGAGGACAUUCAAAAAUUCAUUGGUGAAUCUGAACACGGAGUGAUUUACUUUUGUAUGGGGUCUUUGCUCAAAAUGGAGACUAUGCCUGAAUCAAAACGAGUCGCUUUCUUGAAAGCAUUUAGAAGACUACCUCAAAGAGUCAUAUGGAAAUGGGAUGGUGAUUUGCGAGAAAGAACUGAUCAAAUUUUAACCUCCAAGUGGAUGCCUCAAAGAGAUAUAUUAGCUCAUCCCAAAGUAAAACUAUUUAUAGCCCACGGUGGAGCUUUGGGUUUAAAUGAAGCCAUCUACGAAGGCGUGCCUGUUUUAGGGAUUCCAAUGUUUCAUGAUCAAACGCUCAACUUACGAUCAUUACGAGCCUAUGGAGCAGCCGAGAUUUUGGAUUAUUCUGACAUCAACAAUGAUACAGUGCUCACCAAAAUUAUGCAAGUCUUACAGCCUGAAUACGCCACAAAUAUGAAAAAACUGUCAAAAAUAUAUAAAGAUAGACCCAUGUCUGCUAUGGAUACCGCAAUUUAUUGGAUUGAGUAUGUAAUUCGACAUAAAGGAGCUCGCCACUUACGUUCUGCUGCUGUAGAUUUGCCUCUUUAUCAAUAUUUAUUACUGGAUGUCAUCGUUUUUCUGAUCACUGUCAUUUUUGGCGCAACAUUUUUCAUUUUAUAUUUGCUGAAAAAAUUAUGGUUAUUUUUUCACUCGAAACCUGCAGUCAUUGUCGGUGAUUCUAAAAAAAAAAAAAUCAAAAUAAAUCGCAAUGACGCCAAAUUACUUUGUAAAUUAAGUGUCCUGUUAAUAAUUAUGCGAGUAAAACAAAGUAUUUGUACAGUGUUUAUUUUAUUUGUGUUUGUGACCGGAUCACAAUGUGCCAAUAUUCUGGGUGUGUUUCCAUUGAAACUCAAAAGCCACUACAUCAUAUAUCAAUCAGUCACGAAGGAGUUGGCCAGAAGAGGACAUAAUGUAACGGUGAUUAAUCCAUUCCCAACGAACAAAUCGGAAAAGAAUUUCACCGAUAUCGAUAUUACAGAAUGCUCUAACUUUCCAGAAGAAGGUUUCACUUUGAAUGACGAGGACAUAAGUCGUAAUCCUUUUCUACAAGUCUAUUCGCUGCUUUCAAGCGGUGUCGAGCUGAUGGAACAAAUGUUUAGAUGCGAAAAAUUGAAGAAAUUCUUGAAAACAAACGAUUCUUACGAUUUAGUAAUAACCGAAGUAUUUCAUGGAGAUGUGACCUUAGGAUUUGUGAAUAGGUUUCAGGCGUACCAUAUUGCAUUUUGUCUGAAUUCCAUGUUUCCUUGGGCAGCUGAUCGUAUGGGUAAUCCGAAUAAUCCUUCUUAUAUACCGUACCCGAAUACUAAUGCAGAGUUUAAUCGCAGUCAUCCUACGUUUUAUCAACGAUUAUAUAAUACUCUUUGCUAUUUAUUUACUGAGAUGGUAUAUUUUUAUUAUUCGUUUGGGGUCGAAGACGUUGCAAAACAAGUGUUUGGAGCAGAUACCCCAGGACUUAACGAAAUUGCGAAAAACACCAGUUUGAUGUUGUUGUUUUCACAUUUUAGUUUCAAUGUGCCUCGUCCUCUGGUUCCAGGAGUUGUUGAAAUUGCAGGGGUGCAUAUUAACGAAGCAAAACCUGUACCUGAGUACCCUUUUUCUAGACGCGGGCACAUAUGGAAAUGGAAUGGUGACCUGCGAGACAAGCACAAGACUGAUCGAAUUUUCACAUCAAAGUGGAUGCCUCAAAGGGAUAUAUUAGCUCAUCCUAAUGUGAAACUAUUUAUAUCUCAUGGUGGCGCUUUGGGUUUGAAUGAAGCCAUCUACGAAGGAAUUCCUGUGCUAGGGAUCCCAAUGUUCGCUGAUCAGACACUCAACCUACAAAUAUUAAAAGCCCAUGGAGCUGCCGAGAUUCUUGAUUAUUCUGACAUCAAUAAUGAUACGGUGCUUACUAAGAUUAAACAGGUUUUACAGCCCGAGUACUCCAUUAAUAUGAAAAAGUUAUCAAAAAUGUAUAAAGAUAGACCCAUGUCUGCCAUGGAUACAGCAAUUUAUUGGAUUGAAUACGUAAUUCGACACAAAGGAGCUCACCAUUUACGCACUGCAGCAGUAGAUUUAUCCCUCUAUCAGUACUUGCUUCUGGACGUUCUCGUUUUUCUAUUCUCUGUUGUUUUGUGUACGAUAUUUUUUACUUGUUAUUUCUUGAAAAAAGGGUGGCUAUUUUUUACUCAAACGCAAUUUAGCAUGAAUUUCAAAAAAAUAAAUUGA